GUUUUCUCUUUAUGUGAAACAGGAUGCAGAGAGACUCUGAUCGUCUCAUCCGUUAGCUGGGGUCAUGUUGUGUUAUUGGGGAGCGCAGAUCAGAGAGGGUUUGGGACUGGUGCAGCCGGACAAAGUCAAACAUGUUAAUUGUGGAAUACGGUCCGUGUGUCCGAAAACAGCAGUUCAAGACAUGUCAGCUGGACGGAGUUUUAUUGGAUUCGUCCGGGAUGGGAAGGUCUCGGUCCUGAGAUUGCGCAGUGAAGAAGAUAAUCAUGAAGGAAAACUAAUGCACCUGCAGCUAAAGAAUGACAGAAUCAGACUGAUCGUCUGUGGAGGAGAUGGUGCCGUUCUUCUUGCUUAUGGAGGAAAAGUUCUCAUCAUGGACAAAUCUACUGUGUGCAGGCCUCUCAGAUGCCUGGAUAGCACGCAGGUGAUUCAGAUCGCAUGUGGAGACCAUCAUUCAAUGGCACUAACUAAGGAUGGUCAUGUGUUCGUAUGGGGUGAUAACUCUCACGGUCAGCUGGGUUUAGAGAAAGAUCAUCCCGGCUCUCCGUCUGCUCAACAUGUUAAGAGUCUGAGUGGGGUCCCGCUGGCUCAGAUCAGCGCUGGAGGAGACCACAGCUUUGGGUUGUCUCUCUCUGGAGUCGUGUUUGGAUGGGGAAAGAACUCUGCUGGACAGCUGGGCCUCGGAGACACUACAGACAGACACGUCCCAACGGUGGUAAAGAGUCUCAACCGGAAGAAAACUGUGUCUAUCUCAUGCGGAGGGGAACAUACUGCCACUUUAUCAAAGGGAGGAACAGUAUUCACAUUUGGAUCAGGAGGUUCUGGUCAGCUUGGGCACAACUCAUUCAGAGAUGAACAUCAUCCGCGGGUGGUUGCUGAACUGUGGGGAUCUGAAGUGUCACAGGUCACAUGUGGGAGACAUCACACUCUCGUAUCAGUCGCAUCGUCAAAGCGGAUCUACUCAUUUGGAUGUUGGAUGCAAGGGCAGUUGGGAAAUGAAGAAAUGAUCAAGAAGUCUGUGCCUUUCCCUGUGGAUCUGCCAGCUGAUUGUAAUCAUACGAUUGGAAAACUCAUAUCUGGGGAGAAUCAUUCCUUUGUCUUGUUUUUCAAGGACCCUGGGAAUGAGUCUAAACCAAAUCCUAGCAGAGGGAUUUUGACAUUAAAUGACAGAAUGAUUGAUCGAUGGCUGUCUGGAAGUGAUCCAUGGAGAGUGAUAAAAAAAGAAAUAAACCAAGUUUUCUCAUCUGCUGCCUCUCUGAAUGGAAGUUUUCUCAAAACAAGUUGUGACGAACAUUAUCAGACUUCUGAGGAUCAUUGUGGUUUGGAUUUUGAUCUGGUUAAAACAUCCUUUGCAAAGCUAACAAAGAAUGAAAGGUCAAUAUCAGAGGUAGUGAAGGUGGUUCAAACGAUACUUCUGCCGUCUCUGAAUCCAAAUCCAACUGGUGUGGAAGCUAUGAGAGUUUAUCUUCUCCUCCCUGAGCUCCUCCUUAAGCUCUUCCUUGAGCCUCUCCCUGAGCGUCUCCAGAAACAGCAAAGAACUGAACUCACUGAAGCUCUGGCUUCCAAAAUCCUUGAGCUGAAUCCUGAUGCUCGCAAGGUUUUAGUGACAAACUGGUCCAAACUCCCGGAUGAUUGGCUCAAAGGCGUGGUGAAGUUAUUUAAAAAAGCAUCUGCUAAUUUAAUUGGAAGGAUGGCUGCUGACGCUAUGAACUGGGACGUCAUGACACGCCUGCUGAAAUUUGUGCAGAUCCUUCAGAUGGUGUAUCAGGUCUGCUGCAGAGCCAACAGAAACGUCACCAAGAGUGAUUUCAUCAUCACUGAGAUCAACGAUCUGCUAGAUGUGCUGGAAACCACCAAUGAAGAUGUGCGUAAAUAUUGGGAGAGGUUUAACUUGACUGGACAAACCCAUGCAUUGAUGGCCCAGCAAAACUACUACAAUAUAGUCUUAAAAAAUCUCAUAUCGUUUCCAUGCAUCUUUAACCUGGAGGCCAAAUGUAGCUAUAUGAAGAAUAGAGGAUGGCAGGGUAGUUUGAAUCUGACUCUGAGACGUACAGCUCUGGUAGAGGAUAGUUUCCGUCAGCUGAGAAAUGUCACUCAGCAAAACCUCAGAGAAUUUUGGCUGUCGGUGUUUUACACAGAGGAUAUGAGAAAAACGGAUGUCAACAAGAGGGACUUCUUUCUCAAUGUGUUUACAGAGCUUUGUGCACCAGAGUCUCAGCUGUUCAUGUACAAUGACAACCAAACUAUGAGCUGGUUCCCCACAAAGCUCAGCGUUGAGAAGGAAAAGUACUUCCUGUUUGGGAUUCUGUGUGGCUUGGCCUUCAACAACACAUCCGUGGUGCAUCUGCCUUUUCCUUUAGCCUUGUUCAAGAAACUUCUCAAUGUCAAACCAUCUCUAGAUGACUUGAUAGAGUUUAGUCCGGUUCUUGGCAAGAGUUUGCAGUACAUUCUGGACUACAGCGAUGAUGUUGAGAAAUUGGAUACAUACUUCACGAUCGUAUGGGAUGAAAUGGAAGUCGAACUGGAUCCAGCUGAGCCAGGAAAAUUGGUCACAAAUUAUAACAGAACUGAAUUUGUGAACAAGUACGUGGAUUAUAUCCUGAAUAAAUCAGUGGAGGAAGCGUUUGAAGAAUUUAAGAGCGGUUUCUUCAAAGCAUGUAAUGGAUGGAUGGUGGAGAUGUUUGAACCGGAGGAGCUGAGAGGAGUGCUGGUGGGCAAUGAGGAAUAUGACUGGGACAUACUCAAACAGAACACCUCUUAUGAAGGAUCGUUUCAUGCUGAGCAUCCAACCGUCAUCUCAUUCUGGAAGGUGUUUGAGGAACUGACUCCAAAUGAGAAGAAGGCCUUUCUAUUGUUCCUGACCGGGUUCGAGAAAGUGCCCAUUCUGGGUAUGAGUGCGGUGAAGAUGAGAGUGAGACCCCUGUUCAGCUUUACUCAGGACCAUCUACCACAGGCCCUCACCUGCCAUGCUCUGUUAGACCUUCCUGUUUAUCAGAACAAGAAAACACUCAAGACUAAACUAAUUGAAGCCAUCAACCACAAGAGGGGCUUCUGGGAAGAAUGAUGCAGAUAGAGUACACUGAUUAAGUUCUAAAAUGUGAUCCUUGAUCUUCCUGGGCUGUAAAGGGGACUGUGUCUUAAUUUAUAAAGGAGAGCGGGGAUAGCUGAAUCACUGGGUUUGUUGUUAUAACUCUACUGUAACAAUCAGUUUCUGCUUUAAUGUGUGAAAAAAGGAAAAAUACAAAGUUUACAUUUAUAUCCACUACCAGAUAAAUAUUUAUCUUCAGGGAAGAUAGAGGUUUAUUUUCUAAAUGCUGUAAUUUCUGUGAUGAGUUUUAUUUAUGAAAAAAAAAUGUUUCUUAAUAUAUUAAAAUGUAAUUUAUUUUUAUUAUUUAUUGUUAUCAUUCUACGUUUUUUUUCUUAAUUUUUAAGAUUAAA